AUGAAGGACACGAACAGAGACGAUCACGACGUCUGGACGCCGCGGGAGCUCCUCCGUCGGCUCCAGCCCGUCGUCAACCACGUCACGGUCGUCACGAACCUGAGUCACAUCGAAGCGCUGCAAAGUAUGCUCUGCGCGUGCCCACGCCUGCACAGCCUCGUCUUGGAGCACUCGCAUCACUGGGCCGACAUCACCAUGUCCAUGGUCGCCAAUGUCUUUGCCACGCUCCCGCUCGCGCAGCUGAGAACGCUCGUGCUACGCGGUAAGUUUCCAGCGUCCGCCGCGUCGGCCAUUGCAGCCAUGCUAACGAAAGGCUCGUGCACGCGCCUUGGACUUGCCAACGCCGAGUUUGUCAACUUGCCCGCCGCCGACGCAGCAAAGUUGUGCGAGGCGAUCGCAGCCUCCACGACGCUGCACGACCUCUGCCUUGAAAAGACAAACGACAUUAGCACACGAUUCUUCCAACAAGAGCAGCUGCCCCAUCAGCUGCGGCACUUGCGUCUCGACGUGUCGACUCAACGCGACCUCUUCUUCCGCGACUGCUCCGAUGCCAUCAUGACGAGUGUAUCGUCGAUGCUGCGCCAAGCGCCGCGCCUCACGCAGCUGGAAGGCCGCUUCGUGACGCAGCUGGCAGAGACGCACGAGGUCUUGGCCCGGCUCGAGACCCUGCGCAUCGAGCUCUGUGCGUUGGAUACAAAGAUGUUGAACCGACUCGUCGCGCUCACGCCGCGGCUCGUGUCGCUGCGGCAGCUUGAUCUGCACGAGUUUAGUGUCAACAAACUCAUCGGCGCAUCCCUUGCGACGGCGCUGACCCAGUGCCCGAAGCUGCAAUACUUGAGCGCAGUGGCCGACACGAUGGAGGCGAUGACGUGGCUGGCCACGGCGCUCUCGGGCUGCCCACAGCUGCACGCGGUUAAACUGCACCUGUUGACGCGCUGCUUCGACGACCUAUUCGCGCUCGUGAAGACGCUCCAGGCGGCGUCGCCGGCCUUGCGCUGGAUCGUCCUUGAGAAGCAAGCGUGGCCGAUCUCGAGCCAGGCGAAGAAGAUCAAGACGCUGGCAGAGAUGAAUGUGACGCUUCAGUACGUGGAGAUGGACAUGUGCGGCGAGCGAGAGCGGGACACGUACGCCUACUGGGACGCCAAGGCCGCAGAGCACAAGCGCCUCGUCGUGUUUCUGUACUAUUGCCCCAAGUAUCGCUUUGUCUUUGAUUAAUCGUGUUUAUACAGCC